CCCCGCAGACUGGAGGGAGCGGCAGGACGCGGAGACAUCCCUAUGGAUUACCAUCACCUGCCGGUACAGAGUAACUGAGGGCCGGGGUACCAGCGCCUGUCCGCAAUAACUGCGGUGCCGGGAGCAGCACCUGCCAGCCGGGAGCCCGGACACCCCCGCAGAUGUUAAGAUGAUGGAGCUUAACCACUCUGAAGUGCCUCUUUACGGUCAGACGACAGUGUUUGCAAAGUUUGCUGAAGAUGUCCAUCUCCCUGAAGAUGCAGAAUUUUACUUUGUUUAUAACGGGUCCAGUCAGAGGCAUAUUAUGUUUGCAGAACGAGUCAGCCCAAAUAUUCUACGCUCUAUUUUUCCAGGGCACAAUUGUGUUGAGUCCUUAACUAUUACUGUGUGUAUGCACACGCAUGGCUACUCAUCAGUCAUUGUGGCGUGUGCAUCCUUACACUAUAUGAUGGAUACAGCAUGCAAUAUCGCACACUACCUAAAAAGCCAUUGCGACCAGCUCACCUCCUCCAGUCAUGAGGCCAUACUGAAUCAUUUCGGUUUGACUGUGAAGGACAUACAAUCACUGGAUCGAAAUAUGAUGUUGUGCUUGGCUCAUGAAGAUUUAACCCCUACGUGGAACAUACUUGGAUCGCAUGCUAAAACAGAGGGCCUAUGCUGUGAGACAUUACUCCAUUUAUCAAUGAGAUGGGGAUUGACAGAGCUAUCUCACUUCCUCAUAUACCAGCCUGGAGGGGUGACGGCACUGAGAACAGAGAAUGAAGAGGGAGAGACGCCGGUGGAUCUCGCUUCUCGGAAUGGGCACACAAGAAUUUUCGAACUCUUAAGAAAUUUCCAGGAUGCUCCUCCUCUUGACUUCUGUACUGCGGCAAUCAAUGAGGAGUCCUUUUUACGGAUCUGUCAAUCGUCAGGAGUACUAACCUUAACUCGGCUUCAACCUGCCGCUCACUCAUUGGAGACGGACAUUGAGCUCCUCAGAAAAUGCUUAUGGGACACUCAGUUCUGUGAAAAGAUUGUAAGAUCCAUGCAGGACUGGAAUCACAAAAAGCAGAUGCAGACUGAAGGAGGUGCGGAAGAAGAUAAAAGACAUUAUUCAAUAGAUGGCCUCAGAAAACUGAAAAAUCCACCCACCUUCCUUGCUGCAGCGAGACUUUCUGCCAUGCUGAAUGGAAGCGAUGAAGUUUAUGCGAACUGUAUGGUUGUAGAUGAAGUGAGUGAUUCGGAUAUCAGCUACAAUAACCUGGGUAAUACCGACGCUAAUCUUUCACAUGGAGACCAGCUAAACUCCACCCCGGCUUCUGAAAACUCAUCUAAAACGCUUAAUUACAAGGUUGGGUCACCUCCUGGGAGUAACCAUGCUGAAAUAAACAAUACAGAUAAUGCAGACUCACCUGCGUACUUUUCAUCAUCCAAGUGGACUCCUCCGGGGGGCAAACACCGGCAGUGCAGGACAAUCGGAUAUGGUACUGAAAGAAAUUCCCCCCGUUCCACCAUAAAGAAGAGAAGCUCAAGUCUUGAUGGCCUCGAGGCUGACAGCGAGGACGAGGAAUCGUACCCUCGUAACCACAGCCCUAAAUCUUCCGUUCACGAAGAUUCAUCAGGGCUUUUGGGAAACAGCGGUGAUGAACUUGACUCUCCAGAGACAAACGCUGAACGGAAUUUCCACGUCCGAGGAUCAGAGACUCUGCCUCUUUCUCAAGGAAAGGAUCCGCUUGCCACAGGUCUGAGAUUUCGCUCUUACUCCUGUUCAUCGCCUAAACUUUUUCUUGCAAAACCUCGCUUGACACGCGACCUUUCCAUCGGCGAUCCCUCUGAAGAUGGAGGUUUCGGCGUCAGUGGCCGCUCACUACUUCAGGCACUUUCAUUGUCUAAAUCAGUGUCUCUUCUUCAGCAUGGUAAGCAACGUGCUUACAGCCUUACUGAACCACCAAGAGAAAAGAGGAUCGAAGAAGAGGAAUGGGACAAAUAUAUAACACCUACAAAACCUGAAUCUGAAAAGAAUAAAGUGAGCCGGACUUUCAGCUUCCUGCGGAACAGGAUGACCAGUACACGCAACAAAAACAAGACUAAAAAUAAGGACAGCAAGGAGAAGGAAAAGGUCAACAGGCACCAGUUUGUGGCAGGGACGUUCUCGGGGGUUAUCCCAUGUUUGGUGUGUGAAAAGGCCAUGCUGGGGAAAGAAUCUCUCCAAUGCUCCAAUUGUAAUGUGAAUGUGCACAAAGGCUGCAAGGAGUCCACCCCAGCCUGUACAAAGCAGAAAUUUCAGGAGAGGUAUCAUCCUAAGAAUAAGCAACCAUCAGUCAUCUCAAAUUCCUCGUUUAAAGAUGUUCCACAACCCAUUCUAUCGGCAAUGCCACAGUCAUCUUCCUUGCCUCUGGGACUGUCUUCUGGCAAGAAGGACCUCCACCAAUGCGUCCAUCCUCUGUCCAAAAGCCUUCCCGUGUCAAACUGUGAGAGGAAAUUUGAUCAGUCUUUGGAAUCCGACGGGGACACAACUGGCCAAAGAUCUAGAUCACAGUCUGAAGAAUUGCUUCAAACAGUGGGAAGCCCUUCACCCGUGGACUCUUUCCCGAUUGAAGACGUAGUAGAUACACCGCUGUGGAGUGACUUCAGUAAAGAUGCGAUGGAGUUUGAGGCAGAAUCAUGGAGCCUUGUGGUGGACUCAUCAUUCUGCAAUAAACAAGAAAAGGAUGUUGUCAAGAGGCAAGAUGUCAUUUUUGAACUUAUCCAGACGGAACUGCAUCAUAUCCAGACCUUGCUCAUCAUGUCUGAAAUAUUCAGGAAAGGGAUGAAGGAAGAGCUUCAGCUGGACCAUAGCACGGUGGACAAAAUAUUCCCUUGCCUGGAUGAACUGCUAGAGAUCCACAGGCAGUUCUUCUACAAGUUACGGGAAAGAAAAGAAGAAUCCAGGGAAGGAAAUGACAGGAAUUUUCUAAUCAAUAGGAUUGGAGAUGUCCUUGUGCAACAGUUUUCGGCAGAGAAUGCUCAGCAAAUGAAGCAGAUGUAUGGUGAAUUCUGCAGUCAUCACAUAGAGGCGGUCAACCUGUUCAAAGAGCUGCAGCAGAAUAAAAAAUUCCAGAACUUCAUAAAAGUGAAAAGCAGUAAUUUGUUGGCUCGGCGCCGGGGAAUCCCAGAAUGCAUCCUUCUUGUAACGCAGCGUAUCACAAAGUAUCCAGUACUUGUGGAAAGGGUACUGCGGUACACGCCAGAAGGAUCGGAGGAACACAAGGACCUUUGCAAAGCCCUAAGUUUCAUCAAAGACAUGAUUGCGGCUGUGGAUCUGCGGGUCAAUGAGUUUGAGAAGGAACAAAAACUGCUUGAGAUUCUAAAUAGAAUCGAGAAUAAGACCUACACAAAAAUGAAGAACGGUCAUGCGUUCAGAAAACAGGAUCUGCAAGUCAAAGAGCGGGCGCUUCUGCAUGAAGGCUUGGUGUUCUGGAAAACCGCUACUGGGAGAUUUAAAGAUAUUCAAGCCCUCCUUUUAACCGAUGUUUUGCUGUUUCUUCAAGAAAAGGAUCAAAAGUAUAUUUUUGCUGCAGUGGAUCAGAAGCCCCCGGUUAUUUGUCUCCAAAAGCUGAUUGUUCGAGAAGUGGCGAACGAAGAACGUGGGAUGUUUUUGAUAAGUGCCUCAUCUGCUGGACCUGAAAUGUACGAAAUCCAUACCAGUUCCAAAGAAGAACGCAAUUCCUGGAUGCGGCAGAUUCAGGAGGCAGUACAGAGCUGUCCUGAAGAAGAUGAAGGCAAAACCUGCGAGUCAGAUGAAGAUAAACGUGUUGCAGAGGCAAGAGCAGCAAAGGCUCAAAAAUUCCAGGAAGUCUUGAAUAUGCACGAUCAACAGAUUUGCAGUUAUUUGGAGGAAAAGUUGCAAAUCUACGCUGAACUGGCAGCACUGUGCGGCCGAAGCGAUGUGAAUGUAGAACCCCAGCUUCUCAUAAAGGCAGAUUCCGGUGAAAUUCCUCAUGCUGCCACUCUCUUAUCAGCCGCGCUAAAGGAAGCUGAAAAUCUGUACUCUGCCAUUACAUCACAAUUGGAAAGUCCAGCUUGCUUCCCAGAAGAAUAUGAAAAGUCCAGCACGCCAAGAAAAAUCAUUGAUUCUGAGGUAUCAGAGGACAUGCAAGAAUUACCGUUUGAUUCACUGAAUCCAGAAGAAAUAGAGGAGGCAAACGCUUCUGGCGAUUCCGACUUGGCCUUCUCUAAUAUGAGUGACGUUGAGAUGUCUUACUCUGAAGAAAAGGGAGAUGUUACUGAUUCUGAAAGUUCUAAUCAACCUGAGGUGUUGCAAGCAGUUCAGAACCUUACCCGGCUGUUAUACAGUAUACAGGCAGCAGUAGCCAUGCAAGACAGCCAUAUAGAACUGCAGAAAGUGCUUCGCCAGGACCAUGAAUUAAGCAAUAGAGGAUUUUCUGCUCGUGGGGUCCUUCUGCAAGAGCAAUACCGCCACCUAGAAAGGCACCGCGGAGAGAUGGUCAAUUUACAGAAACUUCAGCACCAAUUUCAUCAAGAACAACAACGCUGGCUCAGAGAAUGUGACCAAAAACAAAGGGAACAUGAUGACAAAGAGAAUGUGCUUCAGCAGAGAGAGCGAGACUGUCAAAGCCAAGAGCAUCUCCUGCUGGAGAAACAGGAAGAGCUGGGCCAGCAAGUCCAAGAAUUCCACCAGAACCUGGAGAGGCUGAAGGAAGGGCAAAGACUGGUGGAGAAAGAGCGGGAAGAGCUAGGCGUGCACCAGAAACGCCUAAGGCACUGGAAAUACACGCGUCAAAACAGCUUGCCAGUUAUCUUUUCCCACAGCAGAACAGAGAGUGUAAGAAACCAUCAGUCUGACAGUUUACAAAACGAAGACUCCAUCUACAUCAACAAUGCUUUGGCUCAGAUUUCACUCAACAAUCCUGAAACACUUCAAAACCCUGCAUACAUGGACACUCACGUGAAUAACCACUCCGUCUCAAACACGACACAGGUUGUCGAAAAUACAACGUCGGGCAAUGCUAAUGAACCUUGGUCCUCAAUGGUUUCCCACCACCAGAGGCCUGAACGUUCCUCCAUAAGGACCCGUCACAGCAAUAAAGAUGUCUGUAAUAAUGAUCUGAAUGCAGCCCAGGUAAUAUCCUGUGGAACCCAACUGGCUUUAUCUUCUGGAGGACAUCAUUUCAGUGCCCAGAACACUGAAGCAUCCCAUCCCACAGAAGUGUUGAAAAAUCCCCUUGUGGACACAGCACAAAGUGUAGAAAAUGGAAGAGUUGAAGAAAAUAUUGUAUACCUCUGAACGUGGAAGAAAAUGGCUAUUAUAACCUAGGAAUUUCUUGUUUGCUGGUAGAACCAGAAAACCAAUUCACCCAAAAGAUGUAACAUGAUAUAGAAACAUUUUGUCAUUGGAUAGUUGCCAUUGAUUGGCAACGGAGCUCUUUGUGGAUACAGAUAUACCCUUAAAUGUUUUUCCCUGUAGUCAAGAGGUCCACAUGUGACAACCCAACUGCUGUGGACCACUCAUCUGGUAAGCCGUUCAGACACAUAUCCUUGGCUACUACAAACUGCUACACGUGACUUACUGCUGAAACCUGAAAGAUCUCUGGAUAUAUAACGGCAAUCUUCAUUUGUGGAUUUGCUUGAAGCCAAGGACUUGGGUAUCUGUUACAUUACAUUUCAAAGACGUUUUCUUUGUCUACAUUUUGUUUAAACGAGAACUUACCACUACUUACAUGCCAUAAUACUUAAGGGCAAGCUUUGCACACCUCUGAAAUCGAAGGGUUUACAGUUAGUGACCCCUUUUGGCACUGAAGAUAUUGCUUUUACAAGUCUGUGUGGCAGUGAUAGGGUGAAUUUAUGUAUAAAUAUAUAUAUAUAUGUUUAUUUCUUGUGAAAAACAAGUAAGUUAUUGUUGAAGUAUGCUGUAAAUUAGCAGUGACGUGUUCAGCACCUUUCUAUGUAAUUAAUGUAUACAGUUAUAGACACUAAGACAAAAUACAUGUUAUCCUAAUCUC